UCAGUUGCUGGAGACAUCGACCAGUGUCAGGAUGACCUCCAGUGUAUUUUCCGUCCUCCUCGUCUCGCUGGUUUUCUGCGUCUCGGUGGUCGAUCCUACCGGCGUUAAAAUCAGAAUCACCAACCAGGCGCUGAAUAUGUUGAGGAACCAGGCUCAGGCUAUCGUCCAGGAGCGACUGCUCAACCAACCCUUUGACAGGUUCCAGCGUUCAAUCUGCACCAUCGACAGGCUGACGAUAACUCAGCUGACCAUCCACCAGGCCGAACUUCGUUUCAGGCAGAACUCGGGUUUCCAGUUUGUUAUGCAGAACUUUGAGGCCAGAUUCAGCUUUAAUCAUCAGCUUGACCUGGGUGUCUAUCAGCACGCUGGAGCUAAAGAGUUCGUAGCUCAAGGCGUCUCCGCCAACAUGGAACUGAGUCUGAUCCGAACCCAACAAGGACGUCUGGCAGUCGCCAUGCCGACCUGUGAGGCUUCAAUUGAGCGGAUGACGCUGCUCCCAGGAACCCUGCUGAACCUACUGACGGGCUGUCUGCGCCACCUGUUCAAUUUCCUGUUCUGUCCUUUGGUGCAGCGGUUCGCCAUCCCUUAUGUGAACCAGAUGUUGGAGACCAUACCGAUGAGGGCAGCAGUGUUUCCAGGCUUUGGCAUCAGCAUCGACUAUUCUCUGACCAGAGACGUCCAAGUGACGGCCAACAGCCUCGACAUGUCUUUCAACGGUUUGGUGUUCAGGGAGGGUGAGAACAUUCCUGCACCGAAUCCUGCUGUGGAACCAGUUUUCACUCAGAACAACCUCAUGGCUUAUGUGGGCGUCUCAGAGUUUGUCUUCAACAGCGCCGCUGUGGCCUUCUACAACGCAGGAAUCCUGGGCAAGAAGUUUGAGACGAUCACCUCAAAAGCUGCCAAACGUUAUUUAAGAUUUCGGCAGUUUUUCUCGCAACCAUGGCGUAUGAAGGCUCCCCUUGCUGCUGCCGUCGAACUGACAGAGCCUCCAAGAAUCAGCAUCACUCAAAGGCAGGGAGUCACGGUGAACCUGAGAGUCCGAGUCAGUGCAGCAUCAGUGCCGGCGAACAGAGAACCUAAAGUCAUAACAUCAGUAUCUUCGCAUGCUAUACUAUACAUUAACAAUGAAGAAGGGAAUGGGAGACUGCUACAGGAUGUGUAGCUGUGAUGAUCUGCUGGAUGAGUUGGUUCAGGAACACAGAGACAAGGAGACACUUCUGC